AGCUCAUAGGGCCAGGGGCAUACUCGCACAUACGAUGUCACACCGCAUAUACGAGAAUUCAUUGAACCAAUUCUCACUAGAUAGCCUACCCAAGUAACAGCACUGAGUAGAAGGUAUGCUUCACGAUGUUGAGGAAUAUUCACCCUACGACCUUGACGUCCACGUGAAGAGCGGCUGAUACGAUGGAGCCAAUGAUAUCGAGCGCUCUUUGAUCGCCGCCUCAAGAUGAAGGAUUUCCGCCGCACUGUCAAUCUUCGAUCUCCGUUCUCCAACUAAACGGUUAACUCGUGAUGAUCACCAUCCCUCGUUUGAUAUAUCAAAGAGCUCUCGGGAUAUAAAAUGGGAGUCCUACCUUCACGUUUAACAUGAAAAUAUCCACCAUCGGUAGGCAAUAACAUUGAAGACCAUUAGAUCCUCGCAACAUCGAUAUCAUCAUGAAGUUUCAACUUCCAUCUUUACUUCUCGGCCUUGCUGCCUCGGCAGCGUCCGCACAAAACCAAACCGGGCCAUUCUAUCUUCAGAUAGUCGGUCAAAAGAAUAGCUCUAUCAUGGGCUACGGCAAUUCCUGCCACACCGGUGCCGGUAUGGAGGGACUUUGUUACGGGCCUGGCCAGGUUCCCGAGAGCAUCGUAGCAUCUUUCGAGUACUACUUCAACUACACCGGAAACACCGUGGUCGACGAUGCUCAGGUCGGUCAGGUUAUCUGGAAGCUGCCCUACACCGAUUCAAACGGCAACACGGCGUUAGAGCCGCAGACGCUCGGUCUGCAGUUCACGACGGACAGCAACGUCGCCUCGACUAAUUUCGGCCUCGGCGAGUGCUCCUCGGACCUGAACGUCGGUUUCGACGCGGACGGCAAGCUGUUCGCCUGGAACUACAUCGACGACUCGACGUUCACCCCGGGCACGAACCCCGUCCCCAGCGGCGUGGGUAAGGCGUAUUAUCAGUGGUAUGUCUGCUACAUCUACUACACCGGCUAUUAUUACCAAGCUAUUGGGUGGUCGGCGACCUCGCCACCCCACAACCCGACUUGCCAGCCCGUCGACAUCAUACAAGUCUUUCCUUCUUCUUAAGGGGAGACAUGGUUAAUUAUGCUCUUGGUCCUCUUCUGAGCUUGGCGAUGAUACGAUAUAUGGUUUAUGAUUCUUAGUGGGUUGAGUGGGAGCUGGUCUGUCUAGUACCUAGAUUUGGUGGUGGCAUGGAAUGGUUCUCGCGAGAAGGAUAAUAAUUGAGAAAAUAUACGCAUAUAAUAUCUUAAUAAAAAGCAUGCGUCCUAAAUAUUGAUAUAAAGAGACUGCAAGCCUCGGUAUCGUUAUAUCGGGG